GGAGUUUCAUAAAGUGGACCAGAGACUGGAGAGUGAAAAGAACUGGAGAUAAGAGCCCCUCACCUAGUCCUGCUUCCCCAGGCUCUCAGAAGGCUCAGGGCAGAGGGCACAGACAGCCUCUGGAACUCUUGCCUGGUGGGACCAUGAACUGGCAGGGGCUAUGGCUGGGCUUUCUAUUCCCCAUGACAGUCUCAGGCCGGGCCCUGGAGCCUGGAGAGCAGGAGGAAGCAGUGGAUUACUUAUUGCAAUAUGGGUACCUACAGAAGCCUCUAGAAGGACCUGAUGACUUCAGGCCAGAAGAUAUAAUGGAGGCGCUGAGAGCUUUUCAGGAAGUAUCUGAGCUGCCAGUCUCAGGUCAGCUGGAUGAUGCCACAAGGGCCCGUAUGAGGCAGCCACGCUGUGGCCUGGAGGACCCCUUCAACCAGAAGACCCUUAAAUACCUGCUGCUGGGCCGCUGGAGAAAGAAGCACCUGACCUUCCGCAUCUUGAACCUGCCCUCCAUGCUCCCAUCCUACACAGCCCGGGCAGCCCUGCUUCGAGCCUUCCAGUACUGGAGCAAUGUGGCUCCCUUAACCUUCCGGGAGGUGAAGGCUGGCUGGGCAGACAUUCGCCUCUCCUUUCACGGCCGCCAAAGCCCGUACUGCUCCAAUACCUUUGACGGACCUGGGAGGGUCCUGGCCCAUGCUGACAUCCCAGAGCUGGGCAGUGUGCACUUUGAUGAAGAUGAGCUCUGGACUGAGGGGACCUACCGGGGGGUGAACCUGCGCAUCAUUGCAGCCCACGAACUGGGCCAUGCCCUGGGGCUUGGGCAUUCUCGAUACACCCAGGCCCUCAUGGCCCCUGUCUACGCUGGCUACCGACCCCACUUCAAGCUGCACCCGGAUGACGUGGCAGGGAUCCAGGCUCUCUAUGGCAAGAAGACCCCAGAGACAGAGAAUGAGGAAGAAGAGACAGAGCUCCCUGCUGUCCCUCAAGUGCCCACAGAACCCAGUCCCAUGCCAGACCCCUGCAGUGGUGAACUGGAUGCCAUGAUGCUGGGUCCCCGCGGGAAGACCUAUGCCUUCAAGGGAAACUACGUGUGGACCGUGACAGAUUCAGGGCUGGGUCCCUUGUUCCAAGUGUCUGCCCUGUGGGAGGGGCUCCCAGGAAAUCUGGAUGCUGCUGUGUACUCUCCUCGAACACAAUGGAUUUACUUCUUUAAGGGAGACAAGGUGUGGCGCUAUGUUAAUUUCAAGAUGUCUCCUGGCUUCCCCAAGAAACUGAACAGAGUGGAACCCAACCUGGACGCAGCUCUCUAUUGGCCUGUCAACCAAAAGGUGUUCCUUUUUAAGGGCUCCGAAUACUGGCAAUGGGACGAGCUGGCCCCAACUGACUUCAGCCGCUACCCUAAACCAACCAAGCUGUUGUUUACAGGAGUGCCAGACCAGCCGUCAGCUGCUAUGAGUUGGCGGGAUGGCCGUGUCUACUUCUUCAAGGGCAAACAGUACUGGCGCCUCAAUCGGCAGCUUCGAGUAGAGAAAGGUUAUCCCAGAGACAUAGCCCACAACUGGAUGCACUGUCAUCCCGAGACCCCAGACGCUACCUCAUCAGGUGGGGAUACCCCCUCCUCAGCCACAAGCACUGAUCACUCGUCCACAGGAACAACUUCGGAUACCACUUCCUUGGCCAUAGAUACCACCAUGAACACCAACCACUCACCCAGCGAUACAAUCUUGGACAUUUCACCCUCAGCCAUGUUCUCUACCAUUCGUUCAUUCCCUGGUAACGUCACCCUCCCAGAGGCCUAACACCGGAGUCAAAUGUCUGCUGCAGCUUGGGCAUGAACCAAAGACCUCAGGCCUCUAAAUGUCCCUGCUUCAGUCACCACUCCCCUGUACUCUUUCCCUCCUGGGCAGUGACCCCCUAACUCUGGGACAGCCCCCAACUCCAUCCAUUUCUUCCCCAUCCUAGAUAGCACUUCCAACUGUGUUAUCUACUCUCUGGAGGACAUUGGUAGAGGAAAGGAAUCCAUCAGGCCUUUAGGUGACAAGAGGCAACAGCUGGGAAUGCCUGGUUCUGUUCUUCCUAGACAGAGUGCAAGAAAACAACAUGGCCAGUAAAAUCAGCAAGGGUUUUGGAAUCCUUGAGAAUCACAUUUAUUUGCUUAUGACUUUGGGCAAGUUAAUUAACCUCAUUGAGCCUGGGAUUCCCCAUCUGCAAAAUAAGGUUAAUACCAACCCCACAGGGUUGUUGUAUUAAAUGAAAUACUCUAUGUGAAGUGCCUGGCACAUCUGUGCCUAAUAAAGGUUAACUUCAUCUUCAUAAGAGAGGA